AAUUGAGCUAUGUUUGAUAAGUGCAUGUAUCUGCUGUCAUUAUGUAAAAAAACUGUUACCUAAUCUUGUGUAAUAAGGAAAAGGCCACUCUAUUUAGAUAUAGAUAUAAAGACUUUUAUCAGCACAAUGCAAAAGUCACAAUUUUAAACUCAGUAGCUCUACAGACAAACAAUUUGCAGGCAUUUUAUGUUGAACUGCAAAAAAGUAGAAGGCGACCUAAGGCCAAAUCAAUCCUAAAUGAGUCUGUGGUCUCUCUGGGAUUCUCUUACAUCUGGGAUGGACCUGGAAGUCACACAUACACUGACUCACUCUCUCUCUCUCUGUCUCUCUCUCUUGCUCUCUCUUGCUCUCUCUCGCUCUCUCCUUCUCUUGUUCUCUCUCUCUCAACACUUGCAAGUGUUCACUUCCUCUUCUGCUUCAUUUUCAGCAAGCCGAAGGCUGAGUUCCAGAAUAUAAGAUGCUGUUAUGAAGUGAGAAGUGUUAACACAGUUGGGGAUCAAAUUAAAUUAUAUUUCAGCACAGGUUGGAUACUUUAGUGAAUAUUUGAAUUGUGACACUAAAGUCAACAAGGAACAACAAAGAAAAGUAUGGAACCCUUUUCUUUGGAGUCGGAUGACAGGACAGAUGAGGAGAGGACUAAGGCCAAAGCAACAAAAAAGGAUCGCCAAGCGUGUGGAAAGACCAAAGCACCAAUGGACACUGACCUCCCAGAGGACCAUGGUGAUUUUUCUUGCCAAGUCCGAAUCAACCUCAAUUUUUCAGAUGAAAUACAAGGGAUAAAAGCUGAACCAGAUCAGCAUGAGAAGUUUGACUUUAAGAGGCUUUUUGAUGCCGUGUCCAGUGGUGAUGUCAAUAGGAUAGAGGGCCUGGAGGAUUAUCUGCGUAAAACAAACAAGAAGCUGACAAACUGUGAAUAUCGGCCCAAUGGGAAGACAGCCCUGAUGAAGGCUCUGCUAAACCUGAAAAAUGGAGAUAACAAAACAGUGGAGCACUUGCUGGGUAUCGCAGAGAGAAUGGGACAUCUGGAUAAGUUAGUGAACGCAGCAUAUACAGAUGCCUACUAUGAAGGACAGACAGCUCUUCAUAUAGCCAUUGAGAGGAGAAACAAGCGCUUUGCUGAGCUGCUCAUUCAGAAAGGGGCUAAUGUCCAUGCAAAGGCCUGUGGGACAUUCUUCCAGCCACUUAAUGAAACAUGUUUCUACUUUGGGGAGCUUCCACUUUCUCUGGCAGCAUGUACUAAUCAGAAAGAUAUAGUGGACCUGCUGAUGGUUAAAGCAGACGUGAGGUGUAAGGACACUCUGGGCAACACGGUUCUCCAUGCUCUUGUGAUGGUGGCUGAUAACAGCCCUGAAAAUACAGACUUUGUUGUUUCCAUGUAUGACUAUAUUCUUACUAAAGACGCUGCUAAGAAUCAAAAACAGAAGAAGCUAGAAGACAUUAAGAACAAUCAGGGACUUACUUCCAUCAAGCUGGCUGCGAAGCUAGGAAAGAUUGGGCUGUUUGAACACAUUCUGCAUCGUGAGUUCCACCAAGAAGAGUGUAGGCAUCUGUCCCGAAAGUUCACUGAGUGGGCAUAUGGCCCGGUGUACGCUUCACUAUAUGACCUGGACUCUAUCGACACCUACGAGCCAAACUCUGUCCUGGAGAUAGUUGUUUAUGGCACAGAAAUACCUAAUCGUCUCGAGAUGCUCCAGAUUGAGCCACUUAAUAAACUGCUGGAAGACAAAUGGAACAGAUUUGCCCACCGGAUAUUCCUGGUCAAGUUUAUUGUUUAUCUCAUAUAUCUCAUCAUCUUCACAACUGUUUCUUAUCACCGUGAAGAAGGGGAACCCCCAUUUCCAAUUAAGAAAUAUAUGCAGGAAAAUGAAAAUGGAAUUAUUCCUACUGGCUACUUACUGCUUGCUGGGGAGGUCAUCAUGGCUAUCGGAUCACUCUACUUCUUCAUUACAGUGCUGGCAGAUAUAAAGAGAAAGCGGCCAAGUCUGAACACACUGCUGGUAGAUGGGUAUUCUGAGCUGCUUUUUUUAUUACAGGCUGUGUUCUUUAUGAUGUGUGCGGGGCUGUAUGUCAUCGGGAUGCAGGAGUAUCUUGCCUUCCUGGUGCUCAGUGUGGCUCUGUGCUGGGUUAAUCUGCUCUACUUCUCUAGAGGAACCCGACACAUGGGCAUUUACAGUGUUAUGAUUCAGAGGAUGAUCCUUAGCGACAUCUUGCGCUUCCUCUUUGUCUACAUGGUCUUCCUCUUUGGAUUUUCAGCAGCUGUGGUGACUCUACUUAAAGAUGACUCUGAAGUACCUAAUGCAUCAGCCCAGAAAAACAAUACACGUGGACGGUCUUUUUUUACAGACAUUCUGAACACAACAGAAGGCUGCAAAAAACCCACCUUUAAAAGCAUCGGCUUCACCACUCUGGAGCUGUUUAAGUUCACUAUAGGCAUGGGUGACCUGGAGUUCACAGAGAAGUAUGAGUAUAAACAUGUAUUUUAUGUGCUCCUCAUAUCCUACAUUGUGCUCACCUACAUUCUGCUGCUGAACAUGUUGAUUGCUCUGAUGAGCAAAACUGUGGAGAAGAUGUCCAAGGAAAGCACCAGUAUCUGGAAACUGCAGCGUGCCAUCACCAUCUUGGAUCUGGAGAGAUAUGCAUGCUGUCUGAGGAUGAAGUUGCGUUCAGGAGUGAAGAGGAAUCUGGGCAAAAAAGAGGAGGACUGGCGCUGGUGUCUCAGAGUGGAAGAAGUCAACUGGAAAAAAUGGAACCGCAACCUGGCCAUCAUCAGCGAGGAUCCUGGCGAAUGCAACUCAGUAAUGCGAACUGAACCUCAAAGAGAGCCCAGCCGGCGUGGGUUCCUACGCGAAGUCAGCCGACGAAGGACCAACACUCGCAACACUCGUAAAUUUCUGGCAGGGCAGGAGACAAAACCCCUGGCAACCAGCUCAGUGUAACUGGGAACUACAGAAAAUAUUUUUGAGCACUGAUCCAAGCUAUUUUGUCUGGUGCACCUUUAAAUUGUUUAGGCAAUCAUGGAGGCUUUGGAGGACUAUUUUCUGAGAGCUAUUAAACUCAUAAAUAUUUGCACAUGGCACAAUGUCACACAGCCAGCACUUACUAAAUACAUUUCUGACACAGUGUUUUCUGUAUUCAGCCACUAAUAAAAAUAACCUAUAGAGGUCAGCAACUAGCAGCUCAUAGACCAAAUCCAGUCUAUAGACUUAAAACAUAACACGCAAAUUUGCACUCUAAUCCAAGUAAUGUAAUGAGGCAGUCAAAAAUGGAGGAAGGGCUCAUUGUAGCAAUACAAAAUAUUAGCGUUAUAUUUAUCUAAUAUAAUUGCGUGUUAGUGGAUUAUAAAUUGUCAGAAGUAAGCUGCAAGGUAGUGCAUAGAACAUUUUACAGGCCUCUUUGUGUAUGCAGGUAUACAAUUUGCAAGUCGGUUAACUAUAUGGCUAGCUACUAAUGCCAAAUCUCAAUGUAUACAACUUUUUUUUUUAUUUUAUACCUAUUAAUUUGAGUGCUCAGGCUCAGGUCAAAGUCUGGAACAUGUUACUGCAGCAGUUUUGCCACAUCCUUUUAAGCAACACAGGAGCGGAAAACUUUGGAAAAUAUGAAUUAGUGUUGAACACAUGACAGGCAAGUGUUACUGUAUGAAAUAUAAGAGCUUAUCAGGUUACAGUCUGCAGAUUCAGGCCAUGCAGCAUUGGGUUUAUUAGUGGAAGGUAGGCAGUGUGUAUGGAUGGUGGUGUUUGUAUAUUCUGCAUAAUCUGCAUAUUCAAUAGAAUCUGAAAUAAUUGAAGAGGGUAAAAUUGGAGCCACUUCUUUUGUCUAAAGUUUUGGCUGACUUAAAGGCAGAUCACUUUCAUUUUAAACGUAAGUUAAAAUCAAUAUGUCAGUGUUGAUAUUGUCUUGAUAUGAUCUGUUUUUGAGGAUUAGUAUUCUAUUUAAAUAGUCCUUACUUUAAAUAAAUAAAUAAAUAAAUAAAUAGAAAAUAUGUAAUGACAAUGUUUCUUUGAAAAAAAGUUAUUCUUAGCCACACUAUGUAAAUAUUAUAAUCCACUCAAUGAUCCAUAUGGAAAUUAUACACUGACAUAUGUUGGAUAUGAAUACUGUGCAUUUUCAACAUGUAAUUUGUACAGUUGUAAUAAAUUUUGAUUAUUAACCAAUAUAAAGAAUGGCCUCAUUGUGCACAGUGAUGUUAACGGAAGUCUUGCUUGGUUAUGCUGCUCUCUUGUGGUAUGGUGGAGCUGCUGCUCACAGUUCACUGUAAAGGCGAGAUUGAGACAACAUACUGGGUGCUUUUAAAGUUGUUUGUCUUUCUGAGCUGCUGAUAUGAUACAUUUAUUCAUCAGUUUCCUGGCUGUCACUGCAACUGUGCCGUCUGUCAGAUGUGGCUAGAUAUUUAACCUGUUAUGGUUUUGUGACCUCCUUUCAUUUCUACAAGAAAACCGUAGAUAUAUGAAACAUCUAUCUAUGGGCAAAACUGGAAAAUAUGUGUAGCGAGAGAAUCCACCUAGUUAUCUUUAAAGAUGAAUUUAACUCAUACUAUGAAAUUGAAAGAGAAAAUUCCACUCAGAAAACAGAAAAUGUUUUAUACAGUAUGUUUUGGUUUUUUUUUUAAUAUUUUGCUAAAACUUUAUAUUAAGGUUCCUCCAUGUAAUGGUUUGUAAUGAUUCCAAAGUAACAAAGCAAUGUAGAGCAUCUUUGCCAGCUAGUUUCUGUUGGUAGAAUGGAAACAGUUUCUGAAUUACAGAUACUAAUGCAACAUAGGCAUGAACAAUGAGGUAAUUAGAAAAUCUCAAACAUUUAUUGAUCAAUUUUGUCAAUAAUAAGGAAGCUGGAAAAUAACUCACCAGCUGGCAAGCAUGGUUGACCAGCUUGACCAGCUGUUUCAGCAGCUGUUAGCUGUUCAGACCAAAUUCGAUUCUUCAACAGGCUUUGCACUUUCCAAUUUGUCUGUAACAUGACAGCAUGUUGAAACUAUUUACUGAAACUUAAACACAUGCACAGAGGUUUGUUUAAAUGCCAAGUUUAACCCAUGCUUGCUUUUAUUUUGUGCAUGACUAUGAAGGCAGCAUAACUUGGGAUAACUUGGAUUAUAUCAUGUUAAUAAAUAUUCAUAAUCACCUCUGGUCUACAGAUGUAAAUGAUGGAACCUCAAAUACGAAAACUGCCAACAAACCACCACAUCAUAUUAACUGAAGGUUGAGUUCAAUAUUAACCACUGUAGAUGUAUUUUUCCUCCCGUAAAUAUUGGUAUUCAUUAUUUGAUUUACUUCAUUCAUUAUUUUUUAAAAUACAUUAGUCAGAGUGUUUUGUUGCUGAAUUUUGUGGUCAUUUAUGGUUAACAGAAGUCAUAAUAUUAACCAUGAACCAUGAAAGAGUCCCGAAGUGGAUGGGAUUCUCAAGGACUCGUAAUAAAUUUUGCAUUUUUAACAUUUUUCAGAGAUAUGAAGGAAGAACAGAGAGUGCACCUGCAAACGACCCAGAAAUUCAUGGAACGCACCUGUGCAUGCAAUUCUGUAAAGUCCGAGUUAUUUUUCUUUCCUGCUGUUAUGCUCAGUCUGGGUUUUUUUUUUUUUUGUAUCACUUGCACUUGCUUUUGCAUGUAUAAUUGAUUUUUAAACAUAUUUGGGGGGAAAAAAUAUGCCUGGUCGAUAUUACUCACACUGAGCUUCACCAGGCUGUCCCGCUGUGCCCUUUUUAUGCAAUUCCCAUUUCCAUUCGCUUCAGACGGCUCCAAUAUGCCCCGACCUGGACUUUUUCAGAGCUGCCCCAGUCUGUGCUAUUUCCUGCUGCCAUGAGCCUUUGAUUUACGGCCCUAUUGACUCAAAUCGACGCAGUUCAUCC